CACCCAUGCAUGUGAAAAACACAGACUCUUGAGCUCGACCAGCUUCAUCCUGGCCUCCCAUGCACAGAUAAUAACAGUCACUCUCCACCCGGCCACAGGCCACAGAACAAGAUGAGCACCUCACGGGACAAAACCAAUCAUGACCGCCGCUCGGAUGACGGCGGAACAGAGUCUUCGCCCAGCAAGACUCAUUCUGGGGAAUCGAAUGGCAACAACAAUAACGACACGAGUGACGACGCAAACGACGCCAAGAAGCCGAAUCAGUUGAAGCAACUAUGGACCAAAGCAGGCUUGGACGCGAGCACCCUCAUCUUGAUGCUAAAGGGCUCCCUACCGCCCACAAUCGCCAUCGCAAUGUAUCAAUCCCCCGCCGUGGCAGCGGAAUUCACGACGCUGGGAUACUUGGUCGCCAUCGCGGCGACACUGGGAAUGUGUAUCCUCCCAAGAGGCAUGUUCGUGCAAACGAUGAUGCUAAACGUCGUUUCAAUCUGCGUCGCGGCAGCUGUGUGUCUGUUCUCGCUGUGGUGCGGGAUCCGGGCGAGGACCAACACGACGCCUGCGGGAGCUCCGCCGACGGGAUAUAAUUCUUCGGCGUCGGCGGUGUUGGCGAUUUUUCUGAUUGUGCAGACGUUUUUGGUUAAUACGCUGCGAGCCGCAAGACCGCAAUUUCAGUUUCCCGUGAUCUUGUAUAGUAUUUUUGCCAUCGUCUCCACGACUUACGGGACUCAGUUUCCCACCAUGGCUUAUGCGGAGUCGUUCAUGAGAAGGCUUCUCAUCGCAUUCCUUUCGGGUUUCGGAAUCGCAACGGGAGUCAGCUUGUUCGUCUUCCCCAUCAGCUCGCGGAUGGUGGUCUUCAAGGAGAUGGCGGGCUAUCUGAACGGUCUCAGUGGUCUGCUGAAAGCCCAAGGAGCCUAUCUGCAGAGCUUGGAGGACUUCGAUCCGCAUGUUGCUGGCAGGGAACAGCGGGCGGUGAAGAAGGGAAAGAAGUCCAAGGGCGCUGAUGACGAGCCAGUGACUUUGAUGACGCCUGAAGGUCGCAAGCUGAAGGGAAGUCUGGAGAAGUUGUACGGUCUCUACACCAAGAUCCCGACAGACAUUGGCUUCGCUAAGCGGGAGGUUGCGAUUGGUAAGCUGGAACCGAAGGAUAUUUCGGGCAUGUGGAAACUGAUGCGCGCGGUCAUGACACCGAUCGGGGGCUUGAAUGCCGUGAUCGACAUCCUUCAGCGACGAGCGGAGGCGGUCAACGGCGACCACCCAGACGAGGAGACUCAACGGCGGAAACUGGACGAUCUCCACCAUUUGAUGAAGUCACUCCACGAACCCUUCGCCAUGAUGAGUUCCAGCAUUGGCGAGGCAUUCCAGCAUGUUUUGCUCACGUUCGAGUUGACGAAGCCUCCCAAGAAGAAGAAGAGCCAAGAUGAGGAGAGCUCAGGCAACGAAGCUGCACCUGGAACACCAGGUUUCGCAGAAGCGUUCAAGGCCAAGAUCGAUCUCUUCUACGAGAACAAGAAACAAGGAGCUCGAGACUGGUGUACCACCCACAACAUCAACAUGGCCAAUGACUUCUCCGAUGCAUCGUUCAUCCAGCCGGGCGACAUUCGAUCCAUGGACGAACGCGAGACCAAUCAACGACAGCUCUUCUUCGCGUUGUACGUCGAGUAUCUCCUCCACCGCGCUGGGCUGGCCGCGUUAGAUCUCGUUCUUUACGCCGAUGAGAGGAAACAUGCCGGUACGUUGAAGAAGACUAAGCUCAUCAUUCCGAGAGCGAAGACGCUCAGGAAAUGGGUGCGAGCGGCGUUCGGGAAGGAAGACAAGUCGGACGAUGAUCAGUAUACUGCGGACAUGGACUCUUCUGGUUCGAGACUCCUUGACUUGGGACAAUCGUAUGGGAAGAGGAAGGACCCGGAACAUAUGCCGCCGAGGAACUGGAGGGAGAGGAUUGGUGAGAUGAUAAGAUUGAUUCCGAGGGGCUUCCGCAGUGAUGCGUCGAGUUUCGGGUUUCGUGUGACGUGGGCUACGAUGAGUGUUGCGAUUAUUUGUUUCUUGGAGGCGACGCAGAGCUUCUUCUUGAAGCAUCGAUUGCUUUGGGCUAUGAUCAUGGUCCCGAUCUCGAUGACUCGGACGGCUGGACAGUCAACCUGGAGUUUCGCUCUUCGAAUCAUCGGCACAGCCAUCGCAAUGGUCGCUUCCUAUGUCAUAUGGUACAUCGUCGACGGCAAGACCGCUGGAGUCAUCGUCUUCCUCUGGCUCUGGCUCUUCUGCGCCUUCUACUUCCUGCUCAAAUUUCCGAAGCUCAUCAUCGUGGGCCUCAUCUCCGCCAUCACUGCCAUCCUGGUCGUCGGCUACGAACUGCAAGUCAAACAAGUCGGCGUCGCCAUCUCCGAGUCUAACGGCCAGCCCGCCUACGAGACCUAUGUCCUCGCUCCCUACCGCCUCGCCACCGUCUGCGGCGGUCUCGCAGUAGCCUACAUCUGGACAAUCUUCCCCUAUCCCAUCUCCGAAUCCACCGAACUCCGUAAAGACCUCGGCGCCGCCAUCUACCUCCUCGCAAAUCUCUACUCCGUCGUCCACGAGACCGUCACCUCCCGCAUCCAACGCAUCGACGGCGAUGAAGACACAAAAGGCACCCGCGCCUACCACCUCGAACAAGCCCGGAGGAAAGUCUUCACAAAACUCCUCUCCUUACUCACCACUCUCCGCCAAAACUCGGCGUUCUCCAAAUUCCAACUCCGCGUCGGCGGCCGCUUUCCUCAAGAAGAAUACGAAGGCCUCAUCGGCUGCGUCGAGCGCGUGCUGCAGUACACCGCUCUCAUCAGCUACGCUUCGGGAACCUUCUCCACCUCCGCCGCGGACUCGGAGUGGUCGGUCGACUUCCGAAAACUGCUGCAGUCCGUCGACGCGACCUCGCAUCAGUUCACCAGCCUCCUGUCGCUGCUAUCUUCCAGCCUGGCGCACGCGAGACCCCUGCCGCCGUACCUGGAAGUCCCGCAGCAUCGGCGAUACGUGCGGAGUCUGGAGAAGAUUGAUCACGACAUUUUGAGCGUGAGCCAUAUUGCGGAGCCGGAGUAUUCGGCUUUUGCGGUCAUUCAGAUUUGUGCGCAGUGUAUUAAUGAUGAUGUGGUCAAGAUGACGAGGCAUGUCAAAUUUCUCGUCGGCGAGAUUGACUUCUCGUUCCACGUUGUCAGCACGAGCUCGGAUAGUAGCGAUGGCUCGUCGACGAGUUCCAAGGGUGAAUACGAGAAGAAAGCUUACAGAGAUUAA